AUGAACAAUCAAGAAUUCCGGAAACUUCUCCUUUCCAAGUCCUCCUCCUCCACCAACAACAAUGACACCUCCUCACCACCACCACCACCACCACCAUCCCGCCCAACAGCAGCAGCCGCGCUCGGCUCCAGACUCAAAUCCAGCAUCCCCAUGACCCCCCGAUCAACAGGUCGAGUCGACUUCGCGAGGCAACUAGCAGAGCAAAAAAACAAGCAGUUCGAAAAGACAGUCAAACGAUUCCGAACCUCGGCCCCGAAAGGGUCCCGGUUCGCAGAGGGCUACGUUGACCGCGCCAGGCAGAGGGAGCAAGAAGAGGAGGAUGAGAGAGUGGAACGACUGAAGGCGUUGGAGGAGGCUUUCAAACAGGAGGAGAUCGACAGGGAGACGUACGACCGGAUGCGCAGUCAGAUUGCUGGGGGUGACUUGGCGAGUACGCAUCUUGUCAAGGGGCUUGAUUUUGCUUUGUUGAGGAGGGUGAAGCAGGGGGAGGAUGUCUGGAGUGGGAAAAAGGCAGGCGAGGAUGAGCGUGGGGAAGAGGUGGAGGUGGAGGAGGAUGUGGACGGUGUCCUGGAGAAAUUGGCUGAUGCUGAAGUCAAGGCUGUGACCAGGGAAAAGGUGCGGAAGAAGGGGCAGUUUGCGACUGCUGCGUUGAAUCCAGGGCAGAAGAGGUCGAGGAAUCAGCUACUGGCUGAGUUGAAGGCGGCAAGGGAAGCGGCCAAGGCGAAAGAGGAGUCGGGUCUGGGGUCCAAGUUCAAGAAAAUUGGUGCGAAAAAGACGCCGGGGACGAGGAUAGAAAAGGAUAGCAUGGGUCGGGAGGUUCAGAUCACUGUUGACGAGGACGGCCAUGAGGUGCGAAAGAUUCGGAAGGUGGACCACAAACUAUUAGAGGAGGAACAAGACAGGGAAGCGGCCGCGCUGGCAUCUCGCGGCGUGCUUGGUAUGGAGGUGCCAGAGUUCUACAGGAAACAGCAGGAGGAAGCCGAGAGGGCGGCAAAGGAAGAGGAGGAGAGCAAGGAGAUCAGCAUCUUUGAUGACGCGGGCUCCGAUUACGACCCAUUAGCUGCGCUCGAAGACUCGGACUCGUCAUCUGAUGAGGAUAAGAAGGCGAGAUCAGACUCGGCAGCUGUGCCACCACCACCGAAACCUAGCUCCGGCCCUCCAGAGGAGAGAGAUUAUUUCAAGAAUUUCAGAGGAGGAAAGGUGGAUCUUUCGACGGGCCAAACAUACAAGGCACCGUCUUUGGAUGAUCCCUUGCUGCAGGCGGCACUCAAGAAGGCAAAGGCAAAUGGCGCACUGGAGAAAUCAGAGGAGGAGAUCAAGGCUAAAGAGCGGGAAGAGAGGCUCAAAAAGAAGCUGCAGGAGUCGUUGCGCGAUGAUGAGGAUAUGGACAUGGGAUUUGGGUCAAGCAGACUUGAGGAUGAUGCUGACUUUGAGGAGAAAAAGGUGAAGCUGUCUGAGUGGGGUGAGGAUAGUGAUGGGUAUGGUGAUGGCUAUGGGGGAGGUGGUGGGGACAAGAAGGAGAAGAGGAAGAGGGGUGGGAAGAAGAGGAAGGGCGAUAAGAACAAUUUUGAGGAUGUUAUGCGGGUGAUGGAGAGGCAGAAGGGCGGGUCUAAGUGA